UCCCUUGCAAACUCAGCUACCCCCCUGGGGUCAUGAACAACCACUUGAUUCUACAUGUUAAUUAACAAUCACCACCAUGGUUAAAGAACACCUAAUCAUCAUUUAAAGACCCAAUAAGAAAAAUUGUGUUGAUGGUUUUGUGUUGCACCAUAUUGUUUGAUGCAAUCAGUCCCAUUCUUCUUCAUCAUAAGCUCUUGCUUCCAAUCAUGGUUUCUGCAGAAGUUGCUCGGACCACGGUUGGCAUCUUAGGCAACAUAACUUCUCUGAUCUUGUUCUUGUCACCACUGCCAACUUUUAUUCAAAUAUGGAAGAAAGGUUCAGUUGAGCAGUUCUCUCCAGCACCAUAUUUAGCCACUCUUCUGAAUUGCAUGAUAUGGUUGGUCUAUGGGUUGCCACUAGUACACCCUCAUAGUAUGCUAUUGAUAACCAUUAAUGGAUCUGGGUGUCUGAUAGAACUCACAUUUGUGCUUCUCUUCCUCUUCUACUCUGAUGGGAGAAAGAGGUUCAGAGUGCUUGUAAUGUUGAUGUUAGAGUUUGCAUUUGUUGCCUCGGUCGCCAUUCUUGUCCUGACUCUGUCACACACCAUUUCCCGCCGCUCUCUUGUAGUUGGAAGUGUUUGUGUCUUCUUUGGGACAUUGAUGUAUGCAGCACCCUUAGCAGUCUUGAAAUUGGUGAUUACCACUAGAAGCAUAGAGUACAUGCCAUUCUUCCUCUCCCUUGCCUCCUUUGUCAAUAGCAUUUGCUGGACUGCUUAUGCUGUCAUCCGUUUCGACCUCUUUAUCACAAUUCCAAACAGUCUAGGAAUUCUCUUUGGGCUGGUGCAGCUGAUAUUGUAUGGCAAGUUCUAUAAAUCCACACAAAGACAGAUAGAGGCAAGGAAGCGGCAGGGGAAAGGUGACAUGGGGCUGCCAGAAGUGGUUCUCAUCCAAGACUCCAAGAAGAUGAUCAUCAACAACCCAACUCAACAAAAUGGUUAUCUUGUUUCUGAGACACCUGGGCAGCCAUGAUAUAUUUUGAUUAACGUUUGGUUGAUCACACUACUAUAACACAAAAACUCUAAAUCAAUAUUGUUGGGUCACUAAUUCCAUAAAGUUGGUUUCUUCUAUAGAGUUUCUUUUGUUGCUUUGCUUACUCAAUUCCUCCAUAUGCAACCCUUACCAUCUCUAAUUUCUAUUAAUAAGAACAUGCAAUUUUUUCUUUUUC